GGGUUUAUCAGAACAAGAGUUAUAACAGAGACGUCAACCAGACAAAGACUGAAACUUCUAGUAUCUUACCUUAUGUUUCCCCAGAGACUUUAUCGGAUCAAAAGUUUAAACCGGUUGUGGGCAAAGAUUUAAGAUUUUUAGAACCUUGCCUACGUCGCUCCAGGGGUUUUAUCGGUCAAAGGUUUACACCAGCAUAG